AUGUGCUUUUACGAUCAACACCAGAUGAGUUGCGGCGACUACAAAUGGUCACAUUUCCGCCAACACUGCUCCAAAGAAUAUCGCACCGGCGAAACCUGCGGGAUGAAACUUGUCAUGAACACCAUUCAAAAGGAUAACAAGUGCAAGACAUGCACCAAGAUCGAUGUGAAGCAUGGCCGUCUCCGGAAGGAGGAGGAUCGAAUCGAAAGAUGGUACAAGGAAGAACAGCGGGGCCACCAACGGGGCGCUUCAAUCGACGCGUCCAAGGAGACGAUUAGCAAGCUGUGGGAGGAGAUCAACGACCUGCAAUGGGAGCGGAGCCAGGCUCAGAUGCAGACAAGAUAG